AUGAACGGCCUGGAAAUAUCCUCAUUCGUUGCCGCUUUGCCAAAGGUCGAAUUGCACGUCCACAUCGAAGGCACCCUCACUCCAUCCCUACGAUGGAAACUAGCCCAUCGCAACAACGUGCCCCUCCCCUAUCUCACAUAUGAGGCGUUGCUGGAAUCGUACAAUGUGUUGUACAACCAUCGCAAAGAGGUGAACGGCGACAAUGGCGCACCCACAUUUCUGGAAACCUACUUCGCAGGCACCCAAGUACUUUGCAAAGAGGAAGACUUUUAUGAAUUAGGCAUGGAAUACCUCCAGAAGGCGAAAGACAUGAACGUCCGCUAUGUCGAGCCCUUCUUCGAUCUGCAAGCGUACCUCCCUCGCGGCAUCCCAGCGGCAACUGUGCUGAACGGGUACAUGCGAGCCCAGCGAGAGGGCGCUGCGAAGUUUGGCGUACAAAGCAACUGGAUCAUGUGCUUUAUCCGCGACGAACCGGUGGAAGAGGGAAUCGCGGCGUACAAAGCGGCCAGACCGUGGGCCAAGAUGGAAGGAGGCAAGGGGCUCUUCCAUGCCGUGGGACUUGCGUCGAAUGAGUAUGACCGGCCGCCGCUGCUGUUCGAGACUGGGUACGAGAUGGCGCAGAGGGACGGGCUGUACGUCACGAUGCACUGCGACGUCGACCAAAAAGAUGCUGCUGACCAUGUGCACGAGGCCAUUUUCAGCGUCUGCGGCGGAAAGGGGGCACAGCGAAUUGAUCAUGGGCUGAACGCCGUUGAUCGGCCUGAGCUGAUUGCGGGUUUGAAGGACCGCGGUAUUGGAUUGACGCUGUGCCCUCAUGCAUACCAUCGCAGGCAGAAGACAGAAGUGCUGUUCCCGAAAAUCAGAAAGCUGUGGGAUGAAGGCGUCAAAUUCUGCAUCAACAGCGACGACCCGACGUACAUGCAUAAUAUUUGGGUUGACGGUGCCAUGGAGAAGGUGUACCACUACUGCGAAAUGGACAAGUCGGAUAUGGUCAAGCUUGCACGCAAUAGUGUUGAGAUGAGUUGGGCCGACGAGAAACUGAAAGAGGAGCUCCUGGCAGAACUUGACGCCUUCGAAGCGAACAAUUGCUAG